AUGUCAACGACUGUAGCAAACGAUUUAGAGAAGAAAAUUGUCAACUGGCUCGAUGCACAUGGAAACAGAUUUGAACUUGAUAUUUAUGAAGGUUCGCUUCGUCCACUGACACCGACAAUAUAUACACAUUCAAGUUCUGGAACAUCAAUCAGUAUUGGCUUCAAAAACCCACUUCAACAAGACACAGUUGACCUUGAAGAAUUACGACGAAAUUUCAGCUUUAUUGCACUCGACAGGCUUCCAUUAGCCGAUCUGGAUGUUCCAUCGAAUUGGCAAGUUUAUCCACAAACGCCCGUAUCAUCAUUCGACGAAGGUGUUCAUAUUGAUGCAUAUGAAAAUAAUCGAUUACGUAUGACAAUAUCUACACGUUUCUUUGCCAUCUACGGUAGUCAAAAGCAGGAACAUCCGAUUAUGGACAAAGCAGCGGACGAAGGCACAUAUUUGCAAGUCCGACGAGAUAUUGAAGGCGUCAUUAAACUCGAUCUGCCACUGGUUAUCGAAUAA